UUUAUUUCAUUACAGGAAUUUCAACAACGCUCUCGAGGAAUAUCCGGGGUAGUUGGAGUGAUAGACGGGAGUCACAUCCCUAUCAAACAACCAGCCUACAACGAAGUUGACUAUUAUAAUCGAAAGGGAUUCCACAGUGUAGUACUGCAAGCCGUUUGUAACGAUAGACAAAUAUUUACAGACAUUUUUAUUGGUUCACGAGGCAGAGUACACGACGCGCGAAUAUAUCGCAAUAGUCCACUGUGCGAAAAUGUAACAGAGCGAAAGCUCAUUCCACCUGGACAACACUUGAUUGGGGACUCGGCUUACAAACUCCACGAAAAUCUAUUGACUCCCUUUAGAGAUAAUGGGCAUCUAACUGAAGAACAAAUCCGGUACAAUACCCGAUUUUCUUCAAUCAGAUCGAUUAUAGAGAGAAGCUUCGCUCUGUUGAAAGGAAAAUUUCGCAGACUGAAAUACAUAGAUAUUGCUGAUAUGGAUUUACUAAAUCACAUCAUCGCAGCAGCAUGCGUAUUGCAUAAUUUCAUUUUGAUGCAUGAACCUCAUGUUCAAGAGUUCGAUAUCGAGGAUAUGAAUAACGCAGAUUUUGCGGAUAACGAAAAUAAUAAUAUUAAUAACAAUGUAAAGAAUUUGGGAAACCAUAAAAGAAGCAGAAUUAUGGAAAUGCUCGUGCAAAAAUUCCGUGCACAUGCUAAAUAAAAUGAUUCUGUGAAUUAUUACAGUGAAUCAGAAAAUUAAUAAAGUGAGUUGUCUUACCUAAAUCAGCUUGGUCACCCGAUGUUUUUGACAGCUGGAAUUCUAAGCAAUUGCCAUUGGUGGCAACAUAUUCUUCUGCGAAUCCCGGCUCUACAAUUGGAAAUAAACUUAUUCUUUACUUUACAUGCAAGUUUAACUUUACACUAAUUUUUACGCGCAGUGUAAUUAUUAUUGAAGAGAAUGAUGAAUGAUUA